AUGAAGUUUUUCCAUGUGCUUCAGCUGGCGUGCCUCGUGUUUUCCUCAGCGCCGGCGAUGAAAACGUCAGCUUUCUCCAGAUCCACCCCGACCGACAUGGAGGCGGAGGCCAUCAAGAAGGGCAUGGAGAAAGUGCUUCUGGAGAAUGCAGAAGAGGAGAUGAAAGAGCUCAAGGAUAUGCCGGACCCUGAGGAGGAGUCGAAGGAAGAUGACCUCGAGGGCAUGGCCAGUCUCGGCCGGAACCUGGAGUUCAUGAUGCUGAAACUGGCCCAGCUGGAGACGAUUGUGGAGCUCCAGCAGCUUCAAAUCAAGGACAUGAACGAGUGGAAGAAUGGAUGCAUGUGCGGGGAGCAUAACGCCACCCAGCCGCGGCCGAAUACCUCCGAGCUGCAGUUGGCCGCAGAGGCCCAUGCCAGGAAGGCGGGGGACACGCUCAAGAACGUUUUCCAGAAGCACCAGCACCAGCGCAAGACGGGCAACUUCGCGAAGCCUGCUGCCGAGCGGCAGCCGCCGCAGCCCGCACCGCAACCACCGCAGACGCCACCCACAGCAGCCAAGACAGCGCUGCUCCAGCGCUCAGGGCAGCGAAGCGAGGAGGGCGAGGAGGAGCAGUCCUUGGACGAUGCCGUAAGCUCCAAAGCUUUUCGCAUCUUCACGUCGGGGACGGGCAUGAUUGGUGACGCGCUGGGUGAGGCCUACGAGAAGGCCAAGGAUCCUGUCGCCUUCGUGCAAAAUACCGUCAUCGACACUGUGGAGAUGGCCGUGGACAUCCUGUCGAAAGGCUUCACAGACUUCAAAGCCGGCUGCGGCAACCCCUGGGUCCACCCGAGCGUGAAGGUGGACGAGGAUGGCAUCGGGGUAAACUUCGGCCGGCAAAGGUGCUGGUUCCGACUCAUGGGCCAGCAGGUGACCCUCUUCAACUUGAACUUCGGGACGAAGAAAGGGGAUUGGCCGGCUCCCAUAAGGACUGCGAUCAGGCUGGUGAAGAGUAUGGCAAGCUGCCGUGGAGGCACCGGCGAUAUCAUCAAGUGCCUCGGCAACCAGAUGGCCGACAACAUCCCUCCGCUGAAGGUCGCGGUUUCCCUUGGCAGCGGGAUCGCAAGCUGCCGUGGAGGCACCGGCGAUAUCAUCAAGUGCCUCGGCAACCAGAUGGCCGACAACAUCCCCCCGCUGAAGGUCGCGGUUUCGCUUGGCGGCGGGAUCGCAAGCUGCCGUGGAGGCACCGGCGAUAUCAUCAAGUGCCUCGGCAACCAGAUGGCCGACAACAUCCCCCCGCUGGGGAUAGCGGUUUCGCUUGGCAGCGGGAUCGCAAGCUGCCGUGGAGGCACUGGCAAUAUCAUGAGUUGCCUCGGCAACCAGAUGGCCGACAAAAUCCCUCCUCUGGGGAUCGCGAUGAAGCUUGGCAGCGGGACAUCAAGCUGCCGUGGAGGCACUGGCAAUAUCAUGAGUUGCCUCGGUAACCAGAUGGCCGACAACAUCCCACCCUUAAAGGCCGUGCUCACCAUGGGCGACUUUCUCCGCAAGUGUUCGAAGACGUCCGGAUCUGACGAUGUCAUCCAGUGCCUGGGCUUCCGGAUCAUCUCCCUCGUGCCCCCACUCAGCUAUCUGAACCAGAUGAGUGACAUGCUCACGGAGUUCCUCGAGGGUUUCGCGCGAACGGCCGCCACUGUCGCCAGCCAGUCUCUCCAGGACGGCUACUCCCUGAUCCAGGAUGCCUCAGUUUCCGUAUUCCCGGAAGAAGGCGCGGCACCGGUUGUAAAGCACGAGACAAGGAACUUCAUGAUCCAGACCCACUCGCAGAGAAGCAAGCUGGCCACGCAGAUGGAAGGGGAUGGGGAUGACAAGCCGAACGAUGGCCUUGGCUUCCACCUCGGCUUUGAGGGCAGCCACCACGCCUCCAAGCUCAUCACCCAGUUCGGCGGGGAGGAAACCGAUACUGAGUCCUGCCUGGCCUUUGCACCAUCGUCCCCACAGUCCCGUAAGAAGAAGACAGACUGGCAGGCGCAGAAAUCGGAUGACUUCAUCAAGUUGGAGCCCUGGGCGGUGCCUUGCGGCAACGGCUGGAUGAAGGCGAACCCCUCGAAGUGGGAGGGCUACUCCUUCUACACGGCCAACCUGGCCAUCGAGAAGUGCCUCACCGUGACCUACAAGAUGAACGCCCAGCCGGUCCUAGCCUUCGUGGGAGGUCUCCAGUUCGAUAUGAUGCCGGGUCCCAUCGCGGCAGUGGACGCCCAAGUCUGCUGGCCGACGGGGCAGCGUGGCGAGCUGAGCAUGCUGAAGACAACCAUCCGCUCCUGCGGCGUCACGCUCUUCAGCCGGACCCUGCGCCUGGUCAAGCGCUUCGGAUCCGACACAGAGUUCUCCAGCGAAAACACCUUCGGAAGCACCGCUACCUGGAGCCGGGUGGAAAACCCACGCUAUGCCAUGAGCCGGACCCAGCUUCUGGAGACCAACAGCAGCAAGCAGGGAGACCCCAAGACCAUGAACGAAAGCAAGGCGGUGCUGGAGUGGGAGACGUCGACAGAGGACCUCUACAUGGCGUCUCUGGACUUGGGCCCGGAGGUCAGGCUCAAAGCCCACUCCGAGCUGCGCGGCGAGGCUGCAGCCAGGCGGCUCAAGGGCAAAGGCACGGUGUCCCCGGCCGAGGGGGACGACGACCUCGUGGGCCUGAGCGCUUCGGGGAGCUCCUCGGUGUUCCAGCUCUUCAGCUUCAAGCACCCGGGCAUGAUCAACUUUGAGCUGCAGGGCCUCCUCGACGGAAACAGCCUGGAGCUGGGCAUGCAGAUGGGCUUCGGGUCCUUUGAGUCCGAGAAAAAGAGGCUCAAGCUGGUGGACAUCGCGGACCAGUUCGCCGUGACCCUCAGUGCGGUGCCCUUCCUGUCGUCCGAAAGCAAGUCAAAGGCCCUAGAGGCCCUCCGUGGCUUCUCGACCAACUACUUCCCACCACCAGUCCUGAAGCCUGGGACCAUGGUUGCCCUCUACAGCAAGAAGCACAGGCGGUUCCUGAAGGUGAAUACUGGCGACAAGGACCUGGUCGCCACGAGUACAACCAGCGUCGACGGCCUCAGGACCGAUUGGAUUAACGAGUACUUCACCGUGGUGGAUGCAGGACAGGGCCAGAUCGCCCUUCACAGCCCACGUUUCAACCGUUUCGUGAGGCUGAAGAGCGAUACGAAUGUGGACAUGAGCAGCGACAGGGCCUCGCUCCCCUCCAGCUGGCAGAGUGUGCGCUUUGUGCCUGUCAAUGCCGGGAAUGGGGAGGUCGCCUUGUACUCCAAGUCGCGAAAGCGCUUCGUCCAGAUGAGGGACAAUGCCAAAGUGGAGGCAAAGAACCAGGCCAUGAAGGCUGAGAGCCUUCCGGCCUCUUGGAGUUGGGUACGCUUCCAAGUCGUUCAAGGCCAUCCCUACUUCUACUUGGAGCCCGGCUCUGUGAUCACUAUCUAUAGCUGGAAGCACAAGCGAUUCCUCCAAAUGGACAGCGAUGGCAAGAUGAAGAAAAGCGGCAUCCACGGCCCCUAUGUCCCAGGGCAGUCCUCCUGGGAAUCCACGUACUUCACGGUGGUGGAAGCAGGGGGUGGCCUGGUUGCUCUUCACAACACCAAGUACAAGCGCUUCGUGAAGAUGAGGAGCGACAAGAAGAUCAGGGGAGGUGGCACCAUGAGCGCCCUUGAGCUGCCCGACGGCUCGAACGAGGAGAGGUUUGCCGUCGUGCCUACCAGCAACAAGCAGAUCGCGCUGCACAGCCCUUUGAGAGGCCGCUUCGUCUCCAUGUGGUCUUCAAAAACUUGGAUCAGCGCCAGCUACAAGAGGAAGGCGAAGGACCUGCCCUGGACUAGUUGGUCUAAGCAAAAGUUCAAGGUUUACGUGGUGUCCAGACCCUCGAGCCCAUCAAGCCAUUCUGGGGCUUUUGAGGGACCACAUGACGCUCAGUAG